CGCCAACUUCCUGACACACAAGCACAGCGUUGCUUUUUGGACUUUGAACACGUGCACACAUUCACAUAUAUAAACCUGCUGCGUUAAGAACACUUGCUUUCAGUUUUAGUGACACCACUGCACACAGACCACGGCAAAGAUGGAGUUUGCCUGCAGUCAUGUUGUAUGUAAUUGGAGUCCUGGUGGGACAGCAUCCAUAGGUGUUUCUCUUAUCGAGCCCCUCUAUGACAACACAGUGACCGUUAAACAGCAAGAAGGUCCAGUUCCUCCACCGCUGCCUCCCCGUCGCCUUAGAAAACCUCGGCCUACAUCUCUGCCUCUCCCCCCUCUUCCCUCCUCACAGCCUCCACUCGGUCCUCCGUCCCUCCCUCCUCCUGUCCCACCCAGACUUGACAAGCUGGAAGGAGAAAGCAGGCUGAAAGCCAACGUCAACGUCGUCUCCCUCAGUAUUGGAAAACUGGUCGACAUCAGCCAAGCUGCAGGCCUGGAGAGUUUUCAGAACCCAGUGAUUUGUGGGAAAUGUAGUGCUGCCUUGUCGUGUCUGAGUUCUACACAGAAGAACGUUUGGAUGUGUGAGUUCUGUGGAUGUGAAAACAGCGUAAAUGACAAUGUGAAGAGAGUGUGUGUUGGUCAGCGUGCAGGUGUUCACAGUGAUGACCUUUACCUGCCGAAUCAAAGUGAUGAUGACUACCAGAACUUGGAAGACACACUGGUGGUGUUCUGUGUGGACAUUUCUGGCAGCAUGAGUGUCACAACAGAGGUUACAUCAAGCAGUGGAUCUCCAGCAUACAUAUCCAGACUAGAGGGUAUUCAGGAUGCCCUCCAGAGGGCGCUAUCAUCCCUGCUGCAGCAGUUCCCCCACAGGAGAGUGGCACUGGUCACCUUCAACGAUGAGGUUGUAAUAUAUGGUGAUGGUAGUAGUACUCCUCUCACUCUCAGGGAUUGGGCGUUGGUUGACUACGACCAUAUAUGGCAACAGGGUGUGUCUUAUAGCAUCCCGCACUGUAUUGCUGAGACCUACCACCAAACAAUACAGAGGAUCAAAGAGCUCAGGGAGCAUGGGGCUACGUGUCUUGGUCCUGCAGCAUUAGCCUCGGUUGCUAUGGCGUCAAGGUACCCCGGGUCAAAGGUGAUUUUGUGUACUGACGGCAGAGCCAACAUCGGACUGGGCGAGAUGGAGCUAACUCCGUCUCUGUCCUCCUCUCCCCUCACUCCAUAUUUCUACAGAAAACUGGCUCAACAAGCUGUAGAGAGUGGAGUCAUAAUAUCAGUAAUGACUUUUGAAGGGACAGACUGUCGCUUGGCUGACAUUGGGAGACUCUCAGACACUACUGGAGGAAGGGUGAACAUGGUGAGCAUUGGUACCGUUGCAACGGAGAUCCAGUCAGCCUCCAUAGACAACGUCCUUGCAACAGGAGUCACAGCAACCCUGCUUGCUGCUGAUGGAGUGUAUUUUCCCUAUGAAGAUGAAAACAACCACAAAGUGGUGAGAAAGAUAGGGAAUGUGACCAAGGGGCUGGAGAUCACUAUCCAGUUUGCUGUAAAACCAGAGUUUAUGGAAGGUUUUCUCCAGAAGGACACACUUCCAUUCCAACUCCAAUUGAGCUUCAAGACCAGAGACCAACAAAGAGUCACCCGCAUCAUUACCGAACAGCGACCAGUUACUACCUGCAGUCGGAUUUGGGCUGGUAGCCUCAACACGGCGGUGCUUGGUGUUCACUGUGCUCAACUCUGUGCCAGUUUAACCAUGGAGGGUCGAGUGCAGGAAGCACAGAUGCAACUAAAAGCACAGCAAGACCUGCUAAACCAAAUCAGUAAGCAGAGGCCAAUCCAAAAGGAAGAGAGUAUCUAUGGCAACUGGAUGGACACCAUGACAACAAUCUGUGGCGACAUCACCACAGAAUCCCAGACUCUCUCUGAUGAAGCAGCUAAGGUAAUGUACCAGAUGAAGAGAGCCAGCAGUGUCAGCAACAACAACAGCAACACAACUGAGAUCCCGAAGAAGACUAUGAAGAAGAAAAAGAAGGCCCUCAUGGAAGGAAUGUAAAGAAAUCAGUCAUCCACAAAUAUGGAGACUUGAUUUCAUGUUUAGCCAUAUUGGCUUAAAACUUGUUUAGCAGGUGCAGGACUAGAAGGAGGUUCCUUGCACAGCUGACUGUGAAG